GGAACCAGAGAGAGAGAAGCCAGAAGACAUCGACCAACAUUUCUCACACACUCAACAGAGGGAAUACAGGAGGUCAAAAGAUGAAAAGUACACACUCUUUCGCUGGACUUCUGCUCUUGAUCAUUGUUCAGAGCAGCUGGCAGAUCCCACAGGAGGACACAGAGGACAACGCUAGCCUGCUGACAGAGGACUCUAUGUUCGGUGAGCCAAGGGAGCUUUCAAACAUGAAGAGACAUUCAGAGGGAACAUUCUCUAACGACUACAGUAAAUAUCUUGAGUCGAGACGAGCACAAGACUUUGUCCAGUGGCUAAUGAACUCCAAGAGAAGUGGUGGUCCCAUCAAACGGCAUGCAGAGGGUACCUACACCAGCGACGUGAGCUCCUACCUGCAGGACCAGGCAGCCAAGGAGUUUGUGUCCUGGCUGAAGAAUGGCAGAGGCAGACGAGAGUAGGGCUCCUCUGCUCAGCCACAGAGUCCCAGUGUCUUAUGUCCCUGCAGUCAAGAGAGAAUGCAACUCAUCCAGAAUGACCCCCUUGUUCCAUUUCAUGUUUUAUAACCUGUAUCGUCCUCUGGUCAUGCUAAUAA